ACAGCAUGGAUGAUUACUAUCUUCAACUACCUGCAAUAGCUAACCUCGGCUCUGAUAAGCCAAGUUUGGUUACAUCCCAACCCCGCGAUUUAGUACAAUCCUGGUAUUUUCAAUUGGGGUUUCUAGUUCUCACCCCCACCUUGUCCGACGCUGAAUGUCUUAUGAACAAUCCCUCUUUGGAUGAAUAGCGCCAUUGCUGCUCUCUCCUAUUCGCAUAAUUGGUUGCGACUGACAUAAUACUUAUAACGCCUUUCUCAAUCAAUUCGCUCGUUCAAAUCAUUCCCAUCAUGAAUCCCAGAGUAGGCGUAGGUGUUUUCGUCACCAACCCCAAGGGACAAAUAGUUCUUGGACAGCGCAAAAGCAGCCACGGUGCUGGUACCUGGGCGCUACCCGGCGGCCAUCUCGAAUUCAACGAGUCGUUCGAAGACUGCGCGGCCCGUGAAGUUUUAGAAGAGACGGGUCUCGAAGUCCGCGACAUACAGUUUCUUACGGCAACCAACGAUAUUAUGAAAGAAGAGGGGAAGCACUAUGUUACUGUUUUUGUGGGCUGUACGGUUGUGGGGGAUGAUGCGCAGCCGGAGCUACUGGAACCCCACAAAUGUGAGCAGUGGAAAUGGGUGACCUGGGAAGAAGUUUCCUCCUAUCAUAGCGAUCCGAACUCGAACCACACGCUGUUCAUACCCUUGAUCAAUCUACUCGAACGGAGACCAGAGUUUCAUCCUGUUAGACGAUGAUUAUUUCGGUUUUUUGGUGCUCGAAAACACUUUGUUAUUUGUACUACAUGAAACUAUCUGAUAGAAGUCUCUAGCUAUUAGCGGCUACGAAGUUGAUAUUCUCUGC